AUGACGACCACCCUUAGUGUUACCCCUGGACAGGUUAAUCCCCCUCCGCCACCGACGCCUGACGCGGUGGCCCACAGGGGGCAAGUACGAGGCCUGUGGAAUGAGCUCAUGCGCAUUGCUGACGACGAUCAUAGGCGUGACUUUCGGUACAGCGAGAGUAAUGGACUCCACUCGCAACCAGUCAUGCUGCGUCGGUGCAUUCGUCCGUUCAUUGCGUCCGUUGACGCUGACCUGAACGCUGUUCUCCAACCGAAUAUCGACGCCGCCCUGACCGAACUCCACGGAGAGGACAUGCUUGAUCAUUCGGCUGGCCUCGGAGGCGCGUUGGAACAAGUUGUGGCCUCGACCUCCUGGAGGGCGCAGUGCGAGGAGGGAGCCUUGCGGUCACGUCUGCUCUCCUUGCGGUUGACAGCAUCCUCUCGCAGGAACGGGUGGACACGUCCCCGCUCCAUGCUUGCGGCACAAUGCGACUGCUGCGGAGCAAAACAAGGUCUGAUAUCGGCUGGCGCAAGCGUGCACCAGUUGGAUUCUGGAGGCCGUGCCGCGCUGCACAUGACGUGUCUGCACAACUGUGAGGGUGCCGUCAAGCUACUACUGCGGUACAACGCUUGCAUGACCUUGCUUUGCGACGAAGGUCUAUCACCGUUCGAUGUGGUCAUCAUCGCGGUUCUCAACAGGCGAGAGAGUAACGGAUUUUACCCCCAAGGACGCCGCGGUUGGCUGGUCCUCAUGCGCCACCGUUUCGCACACGAUCUCGUUGCCACUGCGUCAUCCUCACCGCCGCGAUCGUGCGUAGAAUCGGCCUUUAGCGGCAAGACCGCAACCCCCAGCAAGACGAAGGAGGACGCCAACGACGGAGGUUGCGAGCUGCCCGGAGAUGGAGACAUCAAUUCGGCUGGUGCUUCCCCGAAAGGUACCGCGCCGUCUGAGGCGUUUGAGGGUCGAACGAGCCAGCAUUCACUCUGCAAAUGCCAGUGGUGGAGUGUCCCCAACGGUGGAGGAAAGGUCCAGGUAUGCCAUGUUCUGCGGGGUGCAGUGGAAUGGCUUGUGCAGUGUCCCGACGAGGUUGGCGUCUUCAGUGAAACCUCGGCGUUUCUAUGA